AUUGAGGCAUUCGAGACUUUCUUCCUCACUCCUGCAUUUCUCUCCAUUGUCAUUUCUUCUUCUUGAGCAUUUGGUGACUAUUUUAUUUCACAGUAAUGGCGAAUGAGGUGGUUCUGUUGGAUUUCUGGCCAAGCCCCUUUGGGAUGAGGAUUAGAAUUGCACUUGCUGAGAAAUGUAUCCAGUACGAGUAUAAAGAUGAGGACUUGAGGAACAAGAGCCCUCUGCUUCUUCAAAUGAACCCGAUUCACAAGAAGAUCCCCGUUCUCAUUCACAAUGGCAAACCCAUCUGUGAGUCUCUUAUCGCUGUUCAGUACAUUGACGAGGUCUGGAACCACAAAUCCCCUUUGCUUCCUUCCGAUCCUUAUCACAGAGCCCAAGCUCGAUUCUGGGCUGACUUCGUUGACAAGAAGAUUCAUGAUGUGGGAAGGAGACUGUGGACAGCCAAAGGAGAAGAGCAAGAAGCUGCAAAGAAGGAGUUCAUAGAGAGCCUGAAAUUGUUGGAGGAGCAGCUGGGAGACAAGCCAUACUUUGGAGGGGACAACCUUGGAUAUGUGGAUGUGGCACUCGUUCCAUUUUACAGUUGGUUUGAAGCCUAUGAGACAUUUAGUAACCUUAAGAUAGAGGCCGAGUGCCCCAAAUUUAUUGCCUGGGCAAAAAGAUGCAUGCAGAAAGAGAGUGUGUCCAAGUCUAUUCCUGAUCAGCAUAAGGUCUAUGAGUUUGUGCUUCAGAUGAGAAAGAGGUUUGGCAUUGAGUAGCUUCCUUCAUAGAAGACAAAUGAUCUUUCAGUAAUCAUUUGCUUUACCUUCUGAAUAGUAAUUUUAUAAUAAUGAUAUGGCAGUUUGGUGGGCCAUGCUACAUGUUUUUCUUUCUCAGUGGGGUGUUUGUUGCUUUUUGAUUGGGAUUUGGUCUCUGUUAUGUCUGUCUCAUUGUAUCAUGUUUUGUUGGUUGUUAUUACAGUGUACCAUUAUUUCCUGCAUGUGUAACUGGACUUGGCUCAA